CCCUUCUCCCUGACCCCUCACAUCUGGAAUCGUUUACAUUCUGCCACUAGUCGGAAGAGUUACCGGCCUGGCCCCGUGGAGCCCUGGAUGGAGCCCCUGAGUCCCUUUGAGGACGUGGCCGCCACGGAGAUGAGUCAGUCUGACAGUGGGGUGGACCUGAGUGGGGAUUCUCAGGUAUCGUCAGGUCCCUGCAGCCAGCGAAGUUCCCCUGAUGGAGGACUCAAGGGGGCAGCAGAGGGGCCCCCCAAGCGGCCUGGAGGCCCCUCACCCCUGAAUGCUGUUCCUGGUGAGGGUCCACCUGCCUCUGAACCCUCUGAACCUCCUAGGAGACGGCCACAUGCCCCCCCUGAUGGGGACAGAAAGGAGCUGCCCCGGGAGCAGCCUCUGCCCCCUGGUCCCAUCGGCACAGAACGACUGCAGCGCGCGGCCCGCGGCCCGGAGCCCGGCUCCCUGAGGCCAUCCCGCCGGCCCGGUCCCCCGGGCCAGUUCGGCACCAGUGACAAGGACUCAGACUUGCGCCUAGUGGUGGGAGACAGUUUAAAAGCAGAGAAGGAGCUCACGGCAUCCGUCACUGAGGCCAUUCCCAUAUCCCGAGACUGGGAGCUGCUCCCUAGUGCUGCUGCCUCCGCUGAGCCGCCACCACAGCCCAGGAGCCUGGCGCCCGGGCACUGUGGCCCAGAGCCCAGCCCCGCAGGCCAGCGCUUGUACCCCGAGAUCUUCUAAGGCAGCCCCGGGCCUGCCGGCUCCCAGGUUUCAGGGGGAGCCAUAGACUCUCAGUUACAUCCCAACAAUGGGGGCUUCCGCUCUGGGACGCCAGUGCACCCUUACCGGUCACAGCCCCUGUACCUGCCCCCGGGCCCGGCACCCCCCUCAGCACUGCUCUCAGGCGUGGCUGUCAAGGGCCAGUUCCUGGAUUUCUCAGCGCUGCAAGCAGCCGAGCUGGGGAAGUUGCCGGCUGGAGUUCUCUACCCGCCACCUUCCUUCCUCUACUCUCCAGCCUUCUGCCCCAGUCCUCUGCCUGACCCGCCCCUGCUUCAGGUGCGCCAGGAUCUGCCAUCCCCCUCAGAUUUUUACUCUACUCCUCUGCAGCCUGGUGGCCAGAGUGGCUUCCUCCCCUCAGGGGCUGCCCAGCAGAUGCUUCUACCCAUGAUGGACUCCCAGCUGCCUGUGGUGAACUUCGGCUCCCUGCCACCAGUGCCGCCUCCUGCCCCACCCCCCCUUUCUCUGUUACCUGUGGGCCCUGCUCUGCAGCCCCCCAGUUUGGCUGUGCGGCCCCCACCUGCUCCUCGGGUGCUGCCUUUGCCUGCCAGGCCCUUCCCCCCUGGCUUGGGGCGAGCAGAGCUUCACCCAGUAGAACUAAAGCCGUUCCAGGACUAUCGGAAACUGAGCAGCAACCUUGGAGGGCCCGGAUCAUCAUGUGCUCUUCCAGCUGGAAGGUCUUUCUCUGGCCUCAGUUCCCGUCUCAAAGCCACACCCUCCACCUAUAGCGGUGUCUUCCGCACCCAGCACAUUGACCUUCACCAGCAGGCCUCCCCGCCUGACGCCCUACGCUGGAUGCCGAAGCCUUGGGAGCGGCCAGGGCCACCUUCCCGAGAAGGGCCUUCCUGACGGGCAGAAGAGCCUGGGGCCCGAGGAGACAAGGAGCCUAGGUUGCCCCCACCCCGCUGAGGGAGUUCCUCUUGCCCCUCCCCCCCCAGGCCUUGUAUAUAGAUUAUAAAUAUAUAAGGGGAAAGGGGUGGGUGGGAGGGGUUGUGGGGCUGGGGCCUCGCUUCCCCUCCUCCCUGCUCCCCUGGUCCCCUCUC